AUGGACUACUUUCACACCAUCCGACGUUUCUUCCAGAGAAAGCGACCGCCCAUCGCACCCCUGGCCAAGAACAAGCAAAAGUCCAAGCCCUCCGCCUCUCAGGCCAACAAGAUUGCAGCCUCCAAGACACCACGCACACUCGCAGAACUCCGCUCAGACCAAACCUUCUCGUACAAGAUCAAAGUCCUGGUCCACGACUUCCUUAACCUAGCAAAAGACGACGCCGCCAAAAAGCGUCUCAACGAGACGUUAGAUGUCCACUACAUCAGCACGCCAUACUUCACUCCCGACGAAGCCACUCUCAUAAAAGCUGCGACGGUGAAGAAGGAAGACGGUACGAACUGCACCAUCGAGGAGCUCAUCUCCACUCACUUUGAGAACUUCCUAGAAAAGCGGCGAGCAAGCGGCGACGCGCGGCCGUGUGGACCGCAUGAUAUGGCACCAGUCUACCUCUCCUGCUUUGGGAUUGACAAAGGGGAGUUCGAGGAUGAGAAGUUCUUGUCGAGAUUGCGACGGUCGGGGCUAAGCUGCUGA